AUGAGUUUUAUGAACGUGGACUUGGCGCAAUUUUUUACAGUGAAACUAGUUGACGCAGCGAAGCACAUCUGGCCAGGAGACCUUUCAGUAAUUUACUCUCGCCUGCAUAACCUCAGCAUCGAUCACGGCUUCCUCCCUCAAUCGAGACCUUACAUCUACCAAGAAGUUAUCGACAUGGGUAGUGAAGUGAUAUCAAAGCAAGAGUACAACUCUCUUGGCGCCGUCACAGAAUUUAGAUACGGCUUAGAAGUAACUAGCGGAAUCCGAGGCGAAAACUCUCUCAAAUGGUUCAAGAACAUUGGCGAGGAGUGGGGACUCCUUGUCGACAAGGACGCGCUCAUUUUUAUCGACAAUCACGACACCCAGCGCCACCCUGGCGUGUUGACUCACAAAGAACCUCGGUUGUAUAAGAUGGCGGUGGCUUUCAUGCUGGCACAUCCUUACGGAAAGCCCCGAAUUAUGAGCUCUUUUUCUUUUGAAAAUUCCGACCAAGGUCCACCCGCAGAUUCUUUGGGCAAUUUGCUGUCGCCUUUGAAGGAAAAUAACAACACCAAUGGUUGCGCUGACGGUUGGAUCUGCGAGCAUAGAUGGCGCCAAAUUGUUAACAUGGUGGAGUUCCGCAAUGUGGCUGCGAAGGAACCGAUUUGCGAGUGGUGGGACAACUGGAACAAUCAAAUUGCCUUUUCGAGAGGCAGCCGGGCCUUUGUUGUUAUUAAUGCGGAUCAAUUUGAUCUUAAUUGGCGGAUCAAGACUUGUCUCCCUGAGGGUGUUUAUUGCGAUGUUAUUUCGGGAAAUCUUGAAGGAAAGUCUUGCACAGGGAAAAAGUUAGUUAUUGAUGCUGAUGGAUUUGUUAAUGUCAAUAUUGCAAUGGGCGAGGAAGAUUAUGUUGUCGCGGUUCAUAUCAAUAUAAAUGAAAAUGAUCUCCGGGCUUCUACUUCGGAUAUCGUAUACUUUGAAAAAAAAGUGGUGUCAUGUCGAGCUUUUCAAAAAACGAAAUUGGAAUAA